CACACAUCGAGACACACAACCACUUCACACUUCACACUCCCAAAGCCUCUCCAAUGGCUUUACUCCUCUGUUCCCUCAUCUUCAUCCUCACCGCCGGUGAGACAACAUCCACAGAUCCAACCGUCAAAACCUACAUUUUCCGAGUCAACAGUGAAUCCAAACCCUCCAUUUUCCCCACACACUACCACUGGUACACCUCAGAGUUCACCGAAUCAAACACCAUCCUCCAUGUAUACGACACCGUUUUCAACGGCUUCUCCGCUUCCAUGACUCCUUCACAAGCAUCCUCUUUACAAAAACAUCCAGAUGUGCUGGCGGUUAUUCCAGAUCGCCGCCGAGAGCUUCACACCACUCGUUCACCGCAGUUUGUUGGUUUAAGAAACCAGAGAGGCCUCUGGUCCGAAUCGGACUAUGGUUCUGACGUCAUCAUCGGCGUUUUUGAUACCGGAAUAUGGCCGGAGAGGCGGAGCUUUUCCGAUCUGAAUCUCGGACCGAUUCCGAAGCGGUGGAGAGGCGUUUGCCAGAUCGGAGUACGUUUCAGUUCGAGAAAUUGUAACCGGAAGAUCGUCGGAGCUAGGUUUUUCUCCAAAGGACAUGAAGCUGCCGGCGGUGUUGGAUUCGGUAGCGCGAUUAACGAGACGGUUGAGUUUAGGUCACCGAGAGACGCUGACGGACACGGUACUCACACGGCGUCAACUGCCGCCGGUAGGUACGUUUUCAAAGCGAGUAUGAGCGGUUACGCUGCCGGAAUUGCUAAAGGUGUUGCUCCGAAAGCUAGGCUAGCGGUUUAUAAAGUUUGCUGGAAAAACUCCGGUUGUUUCGAUUCCGAUAUCCUCGCGGCGUUUGACGCCGCUGUCAACGACGGCGUUGACGUCAUCUCGAUUUCAAUCGGAGGCGGUGACGGUAUAUCCUCGCCGUAUUAUCUCGAUCCGAUUGCAAUCGGAGCGUACGGAGCGGUUUCUCGAGGCGUUUUUGUCUCCUCCUCUGCAGGUAACGACGGUCCUAACGGAAUGUCAGUAACAAACCUCGCGCCGUGGUUAACAACCGUCGGAGCCGGUACAAUUGACAGAAACUUUCCAGCGGAGGUUAUUCUCGGUGACGGAAGAAAACUUGCGGGUGUAUCGUUAUACGCUGGACCCGCAAUCAGCGGAAAAAAGUAUCCUUUAAUUUAUCCCGGCAAAUCCGGAAUUCUAUCCGCUUCAUUGUGUAUGGACAAUGCACUGGAUCCUAACCUUGUUAAGGGUAAAAUAGUCAUUUGCGAUAGAGGUAGUAACCCCAGGGUUGCAAAAGGUUUAGUUGUGAAGAAAGCUGGUGGUGUUGGGAUGAUUUUAUCUAACGGCGUUUCUAACGGCGAAGGUCUUGUCGGAGAUGCUCAUUUAAUUCCGGCGUGUUCCGUUGGUUCCGAUGAAGGUGAUAAGAUUAAGGCUUACGCCGCCACCGGCCGGGCCACUGCCACUAUUAAUUUUCAAGGAACGGUGCUCGGGAUUAAACCGGCGCCGGUGGUGGCGUCAUUUUCCGGUAGAGGACCUAACGGGAUGAACCCGGAGAUUCUCAAACCGGAUUUGAUUGCUCCCGGAGUUAACAUUUUGGCUGCAUGGACCGAUGCGGUUGGGCCGACGGGGUUAGAUUCGGAUGCUCGGAAAACUGAGUUUAAUAUACUAUCCGGGACUUCAAUGUCCUGUCCCCAUGUUAGUGGUGCUGCUGCUUUGUUGAAAUCAGCUCAUCCGGAUUGGUCGCCUGCCGCGAUAAAAUCCGCCAUAAUGACCACUGCGAGCACGGUGAACAAACAGCUUCAACCGAUGACGGAUGAAUCGACAGGAAACGCGACCACACCGUAUGAUUUCGGUGCGGGUCAUCUGAACCUGGAUUUGGCUAUGGAUCCGGGUUUGGUUUAUGAUCUUACUAACCAGGAUUACGUUAGUUUCCUAUGCUCAAUUGGGUAUGGAGCGAAAACAAUUCAGGUGAUCACUCGCUCACCCGCGGCAUGCCCCAUGAGGAGGAAGCCGGCCCCGGAGAAUUUGAAUUACCCGUCCAUUGCAGCGAUGUUUUCGACUGUUAGAAAGGGGGUGUUGAGGAAGACCUUGGUGAGGAGAGUGAGGAAUGUAGGGGAUGUGAAUUCGGUUUACACGGUUAAGGUAGAGGCGCCUAAGGGCGUGGGGGUGACGGUGAAGCCGGGGAGGUUGGUUUUCUCCGAUAAGGUGAGGGAAUUGAGCUACUAUGUUACGGUGAAGAUAGAUGGGAGCAAUGCAGUGAUGGGUGAUUCGGGUGCAGUGUUCGGGUCGUUGUCAUGGGUAGAUGGAAAGCAUGUGGUUAGGAGUCCCAUUGUGGUGACACAGUUAGACCCACUUUGAAUUGCUUUUAUAGUUUUUUAAAUUAUCUUGGUCGUGUGGAUGUUUUCGCCGGUAAAUUAGUUGGUGUAGGGUGGCGAGAUGCCGGAGAGAAUGGCGGAGAAAAUAGAUUCUCCGUUAGGGGCAAUGCUGUUUUGCUUUUAGGUUCAACUUUCACUUUUUUUUUUUUGGUUUGUUUUUUUUUUUUUUUUAUUUUGUUUUCUUCGUUAUCUCCAAAUUAUGUAAAAUAUAAUUAUAUAGUUUGAAGUCACUACAAAGUUCCCUAAAACUUGAAGAAAAAAACCACACGUUGUUUUUUAUGUAACUCUAUAGGACAAACAACUAUAUGGAGGUGGUUUCACUUUUUACU